AUGGCUGCAAGAUACGAUAGACGACUGUCCAUCCUCGACGGCGGUUGGGGCGCGCAGAGCGGUUCAGAUCUGAUGUUUCAGCAACUGGAGGAGGGUUACGACGAGGGCCCAGACAACGUCGCUCUAAUCUGCACACACCAAUCGUGGGGUCAUCUCAAAGCUAUCGUUGGAGAGGAGCCUGUUGGCGGCUGUUUGACUUGGACCUACCGCCAACUGAUGAAAGCUGCUCGAGACCUUGCGAUCGUUUGGGAAGGAUACGGGGUCGAAAGGGGAGACACCAUCGUUGCCUUCCUUCCAAGUUGUGCAGAGUGGGCGCUUGCUUUCUGGGUUGCAGCCAUCCUUGAGCUUACAUUCGUCCCCCUAGACCCAAUGAGUCUGGCAGUGAACAGCGGAAAAGAGCAAGCAUACCCUCUCGAUAUGCUGAGAACCAGCAUUGUUCUGGUAUCCAACAUCAGGGAUGCGUAUAACUUCGACGAACUGUACCCGGACCUGAAAACAUCAGUCAGAUGCAAGAUCGUAUGCCAUGAGCAAGUCGACUUCUUCUUUCGCGGCUGGGUCAAUUUCGAACCGGAAGAAACAUACAGACUUCGAGCAACUAAUGCAGGAGACAAACCAAACAGACUAGGUCCAGAAGAUCGUGCUGUUGCCGACGAGCGUAUCGCGGUGAUCCUGUUCACUCAAGAAAGCUCCCCACACCGUCCAAAGGGCUGCCCGCUGGCCGUUCACAAUAUUCGAACGGCGCUUGUCAAUCAGUAUAUCCUUCCUCAACAGAGAUAUCUGGUCACCUUCCCGUCGUCGAGCAGUGCCACGCUAGAAACAGUUAUGGUCGCCUGGAAGAGAGGUGCAGCCGUCGUGUUUCCAGGAGCCGGCUUCUCUGCACAGAUGGCUCUUUCUGCGGUUGAGCUUCACCGCUGUACGCGACUCGUCUGCGCAUCACCACAAUUAGAGGAGCUGAUCAAGGAUCCUUCACGAACUCAAAAAGACCUCGACUCUCUUGAAAGCCUCUCUGUGGGUGGCGGAGUCGUGAAAGCAGGUUUGGUGGCUCUGGGACAACACGCGCUGCAAACUCAAUGGGCAUCAUCGUUCUUGACAAUGGCGGAAGGAUUUGGUGUGCUUGGUUGGCGCAGCGUAUCUUUGACCGACCGAACUCUCGAGAGUGUUGGCACUGUCAUGCCGGGUUCGAUGGUCAAGAUCUGUCCCGCCGUUGGCAGGUAUGGUCACGUUCUGAGUCGAGGAGAAGAAGGCCGGCUCCAUAUUGGUGGGGAUGCGAUUAUCCAAGAAUACCUCGGCGAAGCUCCUAAUGGACACUUCUAUCAAGACUCGGAUGGCGUCAGAUGGUUCGUCACAAACUACUUGGCCACCAUGGACAAGAACGGAUUGAUUCGCUUGACCACACAGCUCAAGAGUUCUGAGCCUGUCAUUUCCGACGACCGUUCAUGA